GAUACCUUCGUGCGCGCCCGUAUAAAGAUACAAAGUAGAAGAAGAGAAAAAUAUGAGACGUAAAAGAUGUACCAAGUCGUUUGUCUUAUUUCUCCUUCUGACUCGUUUAAGUCCAAGCUCGUUGGAGUUAAGUAAUAUGAGUCUGUCGAGAUCCAGCAGAGCGAUUGAUGGACAAUACAAGUAUCUCAUAUUUCCGCAAGGCAGCAAUGUUCAGUUAAUUUACUGUCUCACCAUUGGAACGUUUGCUAAACCGGAGAAUUUUUUUACAAUGGGAGUGACUGCCGGUCUGGCUUACGAGUUACCAUACAAAAGGUCAGUGCCGUACAGAAAACCAGCCGAGGUCUACCACCGCAGGAGCAGAAGGGACCUUUACCAUAAGCUCGAGAUAAUGCUCAAAACCCAGGGUAAAGACGGCCGAGCCUGCGUCCUCGGGGCACUCUGUCAAGCCGGUAAACGUAACUGGGCAUCAACGGCCGACAGGAGACCUUUCCUCGACGAGAUUCUCCACUCGAUCUUUACCUUUCCCGCUUACACGGGUGGCGACGCCGAAGACGGCGACGGUGAAGAGUCCCACGAGGAGAAGCUCAAGAGUACGGAAUAUGACAGAGCUUACGGCGCGCAGGACGAUUGCGACAAGUACUUUGCCUCCUGUCCAAGUCUUUUUUGAAUCAAGUGUAUUUGUAUGGAUAAGCCUUCGAUGCUCCUUUUUUGUAUUAUUCA